UCCUCCGCGGCGGGGAGGGGCCGAGGCCGCCGGGUCCCGCCGCGCAGCUCGGGCGGCGGGCGGCGAUCCGGCCCGGCCGCUCGGCUCGGCUCGGCUCGCUGGCAGGGAGAGGAGAAGGAAGAAGGAGGCAGCAGCGGCGCCGGGAGCAGCAGCGGCGGCGGGGGCAGCAGCCCAGGGGGGAAAAAGCCUCUGACCGGGGAUUGUUUUCCUGAAAUAGGGAGGAAGGUAUGCUUCAGCCACUGCAGCGAAGGAGCAAUACCAAGUUGGAAAGAACAGCAGUAAACAGAGUGGAGAAUUUGCCACGUUGUGACUGAAGGUAGAAGGAAAAAAAAAAAACAAACCUGCAAGGAGAUCAGCCCAGCAGCAGAUAUUCCACACUUGUGGAAUCCAGAGGCUUUGGGGGAUCUUUGUCACACUUCCAGAAGAACAAAGAACGCUGUCACACAUCCGUAAUUGUGUCACCUGAAAUCUGGUAGCAGCUGUAGUGUAGAUGGCUCAGCUUCCUCCUGGGAUUCGUUUCAUCACUUCAUUCUCACGAGAUCAGUGGUAUAGAGCUUUUAUUUUCUCUCUCACUUUCCUGCUGUAUGCCAGCUUCCAUCUAUCAAGGAAACCUAUCAGUAUAGUGAAGGGAGAGCUGCAUAAGCAGUGUGCAAGUCAAGUUGAACUUGAUUCCUACAAAGAAUAUGCUGCCCAAAUCCAGCAUGUCAGAAAGCCACUCAAUGCCUCUCAGUGUGGAUGGGAGCCAUUUGAUAAGAGCAACUACAAACAGCUACUGGGAGCACUGGAUUACUCAUUUUUGUGUGCUUAUGCAGUUGGAAUGUAUUUAAGCGGCCUCAUCGGAGAGCGGCUGCCCAUCCGGUACUAUCUGACAGGGGGGAUGCUCGCCAGUGGACUCUUCACUGCAAUGUUUGGAUUGGGUUAUUUCUAUAAUGUGCAUAAUCUGUGGUUUUACAUAAUGGCCCAGAUAGCUAAUGGGUUGGUGCAAACCACUGGCUGGCCAAGUGUCGUUACAUGCAUUGGCAACUGGUUUGGAAAAGGAAGGAGAGGUUUGAUCAUGGGAGUCUGGAAUUCACACACUUCAGUGGGGAAUAUCUUGGGAUCCUUGAUUGCUGCUUACUGGGUGUCCACGUGCUGGGGUCUCUCCUUUGUGGUGCCUGGGGUCAUCGUGGCUGUCAUGGGGGUUGUUUGUUUCCUGUUCCUCAUUGAACAUCCUAAAGAUGUCAGUUGCUCCUGCACACCAUCCAGUAGUUCUAAAACCUUCCUGAACGGCGCCUCUCGGUGCAGAAUCCAGAUGCCGACCUUAAAUGCUAAGGAAAAUGGCAAACCUCAGGAUCCAGAGAUGCAGCAUUUACUGACUGACCCUGAGAACUGCAGCCUGUCACUGAGCUCCAGCUCUGUGGCCACUGGGGAAGGAAGGCAUGGGACAUCAGCCAUCAGCUUCCUUGGGGCCCUGAGGAUACCUGGAGUUGUGGAGUUCUCCCUUUGUCUCCUGUUUGCAAAGCUGGUGAGCUACACUUUCCUCUUCUGGCUCCCCCUCUACAUCACAAAUGUAGAGCAUCUUGAUGCCAAAAGAGCUGGGGACCUUUCUACACUGUUUGAUGUGGGUGGGAUCUUUGGUGGGAUUUUGGCAGGUCUCAUUUCAGACAGGCUGGAGAAGAGGGCAUCAACCUGCGGAAUGAUGUUGCUGCUUGCAGCACCCACACUGUACAUGUUCUCUGCAGUCAGUAAAAUGGGCCUUGAGGCUACUGUAGUGAUGCUGCUUAUCAGUGGUGCCCUGGUGAAUGGCCCUUAUGCCCUGAUCACCACUGCUGUCUCUGCUGACUUGGGUACCCAUAAAAGCCUGAAAGGGAACGCAAGAGCCUUGUCCACAGUGACGGCCAUCAUCGACGGGACAGGAUCUGUGGGUGCAGCUCUGGGGCCUCUCCUGGCUGGCCUUAUUUCCCCUUCUGGUUGGAACAACGUGUUUUACAUGCUCAUGGUGGCAGAUGCUUGUGCCUUGCUACUCUUACUCCGUCUAAUCCAGAAGGAACUUCAGUGUCAUGCAGAUCACACCCUGUUCAAAGAGCACUGAGCUACGAGACCAGAGCUGGGAUAAGGAGUGUGCCAGUGCAUGGAGCUCUCCCUGAAAACCAAACCCCAUGGGACACCUUAUUCUGUAUUUGAAGGGUGUGGUGAAGAGCCUUGCAGGUUUACUGGGGGCAGUGUGAGACAGGUAAAUCCCUGAAGCUCUGAUUUUUGCACAUGAAUAAGUACCUCAGGAUGGCAACUGUUCAUCAGAUGAAGAGAUGGGACUUUGGGAAGGUUUCAGCAGCACGCCUCGACUGAGCCAAAGAGAAAUACCAAGUGCCUUUUUUAUUUCUUUUAAUAGGAUGUUUUUAAUUGAAACUAUGAACUAUGUGUAUUUGCCAAAAAUCAAGGCAAAGCCAGAGCAGGAGGAAGUUGAAAUUUUAAAUCUAUGAGUGACUGUCUCAGUGGGCAAAGUGUGUGUCUCUUAUGUCAGCUUGUGUACACUGAAAGCAUCACUUUAUAGAGGACAAUAUCAGCUGGUUAUUAAGAUGUGCUGCUAUUAGUAUUUGAAGCUGCUCAGACAAUAAUCAUCCUGCUGUAUUAUUAGUUUCUAGCUACAGUACUACUUCCCAAGGACAGCAUCCAGCCUUUUGGUAGGUUAUAAAAUAGAAUUUACUCUUGGCUGUGUACUGCAGUUAGCAGUUUUCACAGAUCCUCUGGAUGGAUGUUAGUCCUCCAUUAGGAAUGUACAAAAAAAGGAGUCCUAAGCAACAAAAAGCAGUUUAUGAGUCAGAAUUUCCAGUGGGGGCUCUAAUGAUUUUUCAGGGCAUUAUAAACUGGUUGUGCAAACGUCACAGAAUUGUUUAGCUCUGCUCUGCUAGGCUGGGCUGAUGUGAGAGGGGUUUCUUUGGGGUGGCAGAGAGCUGUGAAGUGUCCUGUGCUUCAGCUCACAGGACUGAGCAGGUGGAGCUGCCUUGGUGCCCACUGGCACAGGGGUCUCUGUUGGGUUUCAGUGCUGGUGUGUGCACGUGGAAGUCAUCAUCUGAUCCAGGCCUUAAUAUCCAGAAAUCUCUCUCAAGUGGCUCUGGGUUUCAGAUUUGGAGCCAAAAUAUCAGAAGAAAAAUUACCUGUGUGGGUGGUAGUUUGUAAGAGAACAUUUGAGUACCUAGUGCUACCCAGAAAAUAGAUGGUUUAAUGUCUUCAGAACAUAUCAUUUCUUUGUACAGCUGUCUGCUUUGCAAACAGAAUGUUUCUGUGAUUUUUUAAAUUUUUUUUUUGGGAUGUACAAAGUGAAAAGAAAUCUUUUUUUUGUAUGGGUGUUUAUACCUAGAUCACAAAGAUUAGAUAAUUUAAACUGUGUGUUGUCCUUAACUGUAUUUAUUAAAGUUCUAGGCCUUUGUCUUGCUCUAUGCUCUUAAAUUUUGUGAGGCAGUGCAAUUUAUACUUGACUAGCAAAACACUUUAAAGCCCUACAAAAUAUUGAGGAAUGUCCCACCAGCUGCUGGUAACACUUCAUUUCCAGGGCUGCUUUGUAGCUGCUCAGUCUUUGAUCACUGGUUUGAUCCAGCAGGUUUGAUUCACGCUUGUCCUGCCAGUCAGAAUGGGCUCAUUUUUACCUGUUCUGCUGAGCAGAGAUGCAGGGGUGGCCUCAGACCCACAGGGACUCGGGGAAGGUGCCAGGUCCUUGCAGGGAGCUCUAGGAGGGUCCUGUUCCUGCACUCACCUGCAUGGAAGGCUGACCUCACACAUCUUGAGCAAACCAGGGCGGGGGAUACUCAACAUGUGAACUCAGAAAUCUGGGCUGUGGGUAAAUGUGAAUUGUGCAGCAAUGUUACUUGAAAGGACUUCCAUCCUCCUGGAAUGGGAAAUUGCUCCUGGAAUGUCAAACUUGCCUCAGCUCAGCCAGGCUGAACCUGGGGCUCUGCUGAAACAGCCUCUGAUGGGGCAAAAAUAACAUUGCAACACCAAAACAGCUCUCCUGGCACAUCUCCAAUGCGUGUGUGGCAAGGGAGAGAUGGAUGGAGCACCAUCUUCAGCUGGGAAUUCCAAUCCCUUUCCCCAGAAAUAUGUGUAGAGCUUUAUACUAGUUUACUGAAACAGUUCAGACUCUGCUACGCUCAGAUUUUGAGAAGCUGUUCCCUGUGGGCUGGAGUCUGAGGUUAAAAAGCUUUUGGUUGUAUUUCUGAAGGUAUUUAAGUGUGUUUUGGGUUUUAUUUGUUAGGGCUGCUGUUGUUAUUUAUUUAUUUAUUUGAAUAGCUUUUGCACUGCAGUGACUCGGGUAUGGGGUAAUGACAGAUUACAUUUCAGUUCCUCCAAGCUACAAAUUUGUUGGACAAAAAGAUAAAGAUUUGUUUUUCUUUUUUAAAAAAACUGAAUAAACGGUGUGUUUUGUUAGUAUCAGGUGUCUAUAUCCAUUAAUCUGGAAAUGGGCAAGACUGACAAAAUUUUGUAUGUAAAAAUGUGAGUGACCAGGAGGUACAGCCAAAUUUAAAUGCGACCGCAGGGUUGGUUUGUUGGGGUUUUUUUAAAUGCUGAUUAUUGUGAAUUUUAUCCAUUCACCAUCCUGUGUUGAAUAAAAAUAGAUUCUGUUCUAAAC